AUGCCACCAUCUCAUCGUGAACCACCAGAAAAGGACACGCCGGCGUUCAAUUACGAUGCCGAUUCCGAAUGGCGCAAGAAACCUCUCACACCCGCCCAGAUUCUAGUGAAUGACAUAAGACUGGAACGCUUCCGCCAUGACAGAGAGCCAUUACUGGAAGUCAUCGAGAGGUCGACUCCCACUUUGAUACCAUCCACUGCAGCAUAUGUACCAUCAGCUAGCUAUAUUAGAGCUACAAAUGCCGCCACGAACGCAAUCGAGAAGCAGCGCUUCGUGGACUUGGAAUCAGAUUAUGGCUGGCUCCGUUACCUGAGACUGCAGAAGCAUCAACGUACAGAGUAUGACGACCAGAACUCGGCAAAGUGUCGCUGGAUACACUGCUCCUCCAAAUUCCCGGAAUAUCUUCACGGCUUCCUCUACGCUUUGUCAGACAACGAUGCCGUGGUCUCCGAAUGUCUGCGCAUGCUCGCCCAUGUUACGCAACAGCAAACUCGUUUUUCGAAGCAUGGCAAAUACUUUUCGCCCUUCUUCCAAUGUCUGCGACAGAAUCCUGGUAGAGUUGCAGCAGAGCAGUAUCCGAUGUUGAUGUCAAUACCAUUCUGCGAUUGGACUGUACUGGGAAGUCCACCGCCAUUGCGCUUUCAAGUCGAUAGACGAGAUGGCUUCCAUUCUUCGAAGUCUACAGCUCAUCUUUUACGAUCUAUCCUGCAACAUUUCUAUCGUUUAGAAGAUACCGGCGAUCGAGAGGUCCUACAGGUCUGUGCAAAGCACAAACCUUGGGCUACCGAUCGCGAGCUGGACCUGAAAGUACGUCAGUGGUAUGGCCACUAUCCUACUGCUCUGAACGUUGACGAGCUUUGGAUACUUGCGAUCGAUGCCGAACACUUGGUGACCUUCUCCAGCAACCAGACUUGGAAGUCUCGCUGGCCACCCCUGCAGUUGACUUCCCGCAUCUCUGACAUAUCAUUUCGAAGCAUACGGAAUGCAUACUAUUCUGCUGGCAUGGCUCACAACCAAGAGUACACUGCGAUGGAUCACGCUAGUGCUUGCUUGAAUGGCGCUGUAGGCAUGCUACAUCGCAACUUCUGGCCAGACAUGGUCCUCUGCUUGACAGACAGAUAUGCUGGCUAUUUGACGCAUCUACAAUAUCGGCUGCAUCGUUCACCAAGUACAAAACUUGUAAUGGAUCUGAUGGCCGCCCAGGAAGAAAUGAACAUCGUUAUUCAGAUAACGCAACAGCAGGUAGACAUGAUAGAGAGCCUCCGCACGAGUCUUGGCCAGAAAGAGGUUGGCGAUUAUGGUCUGGCACAGGCGCCUUCUCCAACAUCUGGACGACCAGUCUCAGCAUCCCAGACUUCGCAUGUUGAACUUGGCGGACUACCAGCACCGCGCCGCCGUGCAACGUAUCGUCAGCUAUCGACUUCUCAGCUUAUCGAUCCACUAUCACAGAUGCUUGACAACCUUCACAGAGAACUGAUAGACUUACAAGACUUACGGGACAAUACAGAUCGCUUGGUCACUCGUACCAUACAAUUGGUCAACAUCAGACUCGAGGAUCACGGCAAAGCUAUCUUGGUCUUCACGAUCGUGACCAUAAUAUUUCUGCCGCUAAACUUCGUUUCGAGCUUCUUCGGCAUGAAUUUUGCCGACAUCAGGAAUACGACUCGGAAGCAGAGUCUGUUCUGGAUAGUCGCCUUGUGUGUGACCGCUGGUGUUCUUGGCGCCUCCAUCUUCCUUGCUUUCUCUGGUGGAGAUAUUCUAGAGCAGCUAGCGAUAUGGCGUGAUACGCGUAGGGAGCGGCUCAUGACCAAGAAGACCAUAAUGAGACAGACCAGACUUAAUGACGACGAACGCUCUUUCAAAGUGCAUCGGAUCGACCGGGGAGGCACGUACGGAUGA